UCUAGGGAAUGACCCCUGAUCUCCAAAUUUUCCAUCCUCUGGGCCCCUGAGCAUCUUCGUUUGUAAAACAGGGAGAAUUGUGGGGACCAAAUAGGAACUGUGUGAAAAAUCAUCUUAUCACCUGCAAACUGCUCUUUGAACACGAGGCAUUAUUACCAUUAUUAUUAUUUUGAGAUGGACUCUCUUAUCGCCCAGGCUGGAGUGCAGUGGUACGAUGAUCUUUGCUCACUGUAACCUCUGCCUUGAGGGUUCAAGCGAUUCUCCUGCCUCAGCCUCUCAAGUGGCUGGGAUUACGGGGGCCACCAUGCCCGGCUAAUUUUUGUAUUUUUUAGUAGAGACGGUUUCACCAUGUGGGCCAGGCUGGUCUCGAACUCCUGACCUCAGGCUAUCCGUCCACCUCAGGCGUGCGAUCCACCCACCUCCGGCUCCCAAAGUGCUGGGAUUACAGCCAUGAGCCACGGAGCAGGGAGGCCACAAGGCAUUAUUAACCUGACCACACCGCUGCCUCCUGUCUUCAGGGUGGAAGGCCUUGUUCUCUGAGCGUCAGUCUCUGGCUACCUUGCCACGUCCUUGACAAUGUCUGCUUUCAAAUAUCACUUUCUCCUUCUUUCUUUCCCCGUUUGAAUGCAUCUUUUGUGCUGCGGCAAGCCAAGAGAAAAUGGAAGGAUUGAUUCCCUAAGUGUGAAAGGGGGGUGGAAGUGGUGUCUUCGAAGGGGAGUCUGGGUGCCCUGCCAGAGAGGGGAAGAUGCAGUGGGGGAGAGACCUAGAACCGCGAUCAAAGCUGAACCGUGAUCAAAGCUGCUGCAGCUGCUGGGGCUGGCGGGACAAAGGCAGGAGGGAGGAGCCUGGGCUCUGAGAAAGUUCGUGGGGAAAGUUGAGCUGAGCCAAGAGUCGGGCGGUGGCUGGGGAGGGCAGGAGGGCCCAGCCCGAUUUCCCUUGCUGUUCCCCUUGUGGCCUGACGCUGACAGAGGCAAAAAUCUGCUAACUCAGGGGGCAGACUCAACCAAGACUGUGAGCAGGCCUGGGGAAUGACCCCCCGAUCUCCAACUGGCGCCUUCCACGGCUGCACGGCUGUCUACAGCUGUCUCUGCCCCUGUUCCUGGCCCUGGCUCCAUCCCUUUCUCACUUCACCCUCCCCCGUGCCACAUGGGCCCUCUGUCUCCUGCCAGGACGCUGCGGCUCUGGGGACCUCGGAGCCUGGGGGUGGCUCUGGGAGUCUUCAUGACCAUUGGCUUUGUGCUCCAGCUCUUGGGAGGGCCCUUCCACAGGAGGCUACAGCCCUUGGCCCCAUCCUUACGACCAGCCCUUCUGUCCUGCCCUCCCCGGCAGCGACUGGUGUUCCUGAAGACGCAUAAAUCCGGAAGCAGCUCUGUGCUGAGCCUGCUUCACAGCUACGGGGACCGGCACGGACUGCGCUUUGCCCUCCCCGCCCGCUACCAGUUUGGCUACCCAAGGCUCUUCCAGGCCUCGAGGGUAAAAGGCUACCGCCCCCAGGGUGGAGGCACCCAGCUCCCCUUCGACAUCCUCUGUCACCACAUGAGGUUCAACCUAAAAGAGGCAGGGUCCUGCUGCAUUGCUCAGGCUUGUCUUAAAAUUCUGGGCUCAAGCGAUCCUACACCUCAGCCUCUUGAGAAGCUAGGACUACAGGUACUUCAGGUCAUGCCUUCUGACAGCUUCUUUUUUUCCAUUGUCCGUGACCCAGCGGCUCUGGCUCGCUCUGCCUUCUCCUACUAUAAAUCCACCUCAUCAGCCUUCCGCAAGUCGCCAUCCUUGGCUGCCUUCUUGGCCAAUCCUCGAGCCUUCUACAGGCCUGGGGCCCGUGGGGACCACUAUGCUCGCAACUUACUAUGGUUUGACUUUGGCCUCCCCUUUCCCCCAGAGAUGAGGACCAAGAGUGGGAAUCUUCAUCCCCCAAGAGACCCCAAUGCCCCAGAGCUGCAGGUCCUGCCCUCUGGUGCUGGCCCUCAGGCCCAAGCCCUCAAUCCCAAUGCCCUCAUCCAUCCUGUUUCCACUGUUGCUGAUCAUGGCAGCCAGAUGUCAAGCCCUGCCUCUUUCGAUAUGGGGUCUUCAUCCUUCAUUCAGUGGGGUCUGGCCUGGCUGGACUCUGUCUUUGACCUGGUAAUGGUGGCAGAGUACUUUGAUGAGUCAUUGGUUCUGCUGGCAGACGCCCUGUGCUGGGGUCUGGAUGAUGUGGUAGGCUUCAUGCACAAUGCCCAGGCUGGACGUGAGCAGGGCCUCAGCACUGUCAGCAACAGUGGACUGACUGCAGAGGACCAGCAGCUGACAGCACGGGCCCGAGCCUGGAACAACCUGGACUGGGCUCUCUAUGUCCACUUCAACCGCAGUCUCUGGGCACGGAUAGAGAAAUACGGCCAGCGUCGGCUGCAAACAGCUGUGACUGAGCUCCGGGCUCGCCGGGAGGCCCUGGCCAAACACUGUCUGGUAGGGGGUAAGGCUUCUGACCCCAAAUACAUCACUGAUCGCCGGUUCCGCCCCUUCCAGUUUGGGUCAGCUAAGGUUUUGGGCUAUAAACUUCGGAGUGGAUUGAGCCCCCAAGACCAAGAGGAGUGUGAGCGCCUGGCUACUCCUGAGCUCCAGUACAAGGACAAGCUGGAUGCCAAGCAGUUCCCCCCAACUGUCUCACUGCCCCUCAAGACUUCAAGGCCACUCUCCCCAUAGACAUCAGACUACAGAUUUAGGUGAAAAAGCACCCAUGUUUGAAAGGCACACGGGAUGAGUUGGGGGGCAGCAAGAUGCCACUUCUGCAUCUCUCAGAAGGGAUGGGGCUUCGAUGUACUCCCAGCAGUGCUUCCCUCCUCCACUCAUUUUGCCCCUUUCUUUAUUUUAUUUUUUUGAGACAGAGCCUCGCUCUAUCCCCCAGACUUGAGUGCAGUGGCACAAUCUGGGCUCACUGCAACCUCUGCCUCCCAGGUUCAAGCGAUUCUCCUGCGUCAGCCUCCCAAGUAGCUGGGAUUACAGGUACAUGCCAACACACCCAGCUAAUUUUUAUAUUUUUAGUAUAGACAGGGUUUCAACAUGUUGGUCAGGCUGAUCUCGAACUCCUCACCUCAGGUGAUCCACAUGGCUCUGCCUCCCAAAGUGCUGAGAUUACAGGCUUGAGCCACCACACCAGCCUCCACUUCCCCUUUCCUGCCCCAAAGGCAGAUCCAUAUCACCAAAGCUCCCUAGAGGGGCAAAAGAUGGAGCGAGCCACAGAAAGUUUGGUGCAUGGUGAGUUGGAAUAAUAUGUCCAUUUCUCUACCAAAUAUUUGUUACUAGACUGUUCAUUUCAUUUUGAAAUGUUUGCUGAAUGAAUAAAUAAUCUGAAACUUC